GUAGAAAAAUCAAGGAGCCUAGAGGAUCCCAGGUGUAGGAACACUGUUAUAUUUGCUAACAAUCCGACAAAUCUGAAAAAUUAUUGCUCAAAUACUCGUUGAUCGAGUAAAAUGCUUUAGUAGUCAGAUGACCAUUAAUUUUAUUUUUAAAAACUAUAGCAUCCAGUUUCUUUAUACAGUCUGGCAACAGGUUAUAAAAAACUAUCCCAUAAUAGUUUGUGCCCUUCCUGAUGGUUUGGUGACGUCUAUGAGCUACUAAGAUUGUAUCCAUAUUUCUGGUUCUAUAACUGUGGACAUCACUGUUAGUCUUUAUAUACAUCAGAC